AUGAGUGCGAAAAGAGUGGUAGUCACAGGAAUGGGGAUGGUCUCUCCGCUGGGAGUUGGAAUCCAGACCUCAUGGCGAAAUCUGAUUGGCUCGAAGUCAGGACUAGUCUCCACCUCCACCCUCUCCAAUGCUGCGGACUACGAGGGAAUCCCCAAUAGAGUUGUUGGAAAGGUACCUACAGGAGACGGUCCUGGGCUUUGGAACCCAACCAAUUUUUUGGAAUCACAUGAGGUUAGGCGACUAUCGCCCUUCAUACAAUAUGCUAUUGCUGCUUCGCAAGAGGCACUUGAGGAUGCCAAUUGGUUCCCUAAGAGCGAUGAUGACCAAUACAAUACCGGAGUCGCAUUCGGCUCUGGGAUUGGAGGAGUAGAUGAAUUUUAUGAAAACUCAAUUGCAUUUCAUAACAAGGGCUACAGAGGAGUGAAGCCACUAUUUAUACCGAAACUUUUGGUCAAUAUGGCUGGAGGUAACGUCUCCAUCAGGCACGGCUUCAAAGGACCCAACCACGCUGUUUCUACGGCGUGUGCUACGGGUGCCCAUGCCAUUGGAGAUGCUGCCAGGUUCAUUAAGGAUGGCUAUGCGAACGUGAUGGUUGCGGGAGCAACAGAAGCUGCCAUCCACCCGGUAUCACUGAGUGGGUUUGCCAGGGCCAAAUCCCUGGUCACCAGCUUCAACGAUGAGCCAGAAAGGGCGUCCAGGCCUUUUGAUGCCCAGAGAAACGGGUUCAUACUUGGCGAAGGUGCGGGAUGUUUGAUCCUCGAGGAAAUGAACCAUGCUCUCAGCAGAGGUGCAAAAAUAUAUGCUGAAGUUGGAGGUUAUGGCAUCGUGGGAGAUGCAAUUCAUAUCACAUCACCAGAUCCUGCUGGCACUGGAGCAACAAGAGCCAUGGAAUUUGCAAUCAAACAGGCUGGUUUAACUGCUGAAGAUAUCGACUAUGUGAAUGCUCAUGCUACAUCGACAGUUCUGGGUGAUCGGUCAGAGAACUUUGCUUUAAAGGCUCUGUUUGGUCACCGUGGUACAGAUGUUGGUGUUAGCAGCACCAAAGGGUCCAUAGGCCAUCUUCUAGGUGGAGCCGGUGCUGUUGAAUCCAUUUUCACCAUUCUGGCUUUGACCAAUAAUAUCAUGCCUCCUACUCUCAAUCUCGAGUCGAUCGGUGGUCAUCCUGAUGAUAACCCCGAGGACUUUGUAUUUGACUACGUCCCCAACGUUGCACGUGAGAAGUCUAUCAGAGCGGCUAUUUCGAACAGUUUUGGAUUUGGUGGUACCAUGGGAUCUCUUUGCUUCAAAACUUUUGAAAAAUAA